UCGUUGCAUCAUCCUCAGCCCACGGCGGCGGCUUUGGGAAGCCCGGGUGCGGCAUACACUUCUCUCCCAGUGCUACAACCCGUGCCCGGGGCCUCCUAGCCGGCCCAGCCCUGCCCCGCACGUUCCUGCCCCGCCGCGCCAGUGGGGAAGGAGGAGGACGAGGCCGUGUGCACUCCCCGCUUCGCCCACCCCUUCCGACCCCGGGCCCUAGGGAAGCAUCGCCCCCCGCCCCCCCGGAUCUUCAGUCCUCUUUCCCAGCAGCGGUUCAGGACCAGCUCCGGGAAAGCCCGCCGGCGAACAUGGAGAAGAGCAAUGAGACCAACUGCUACAUCGAGGGCAAGGAGCCGGUCACGGAGCCGGGGGCCGCCAAGGCCAGCACGCCGGGGCGGGCGCAGCGCUGCGGGGGCUUCUUGCGGCGUAACGCGCUGGUGCUGCUGACCGUGUCCGGGGUGCUGGCGGGCGCCGGGCUGGGCGCGGUGCUGCGGGGGCUGUCCCUGAGCCCCUCGCAGAUCACCUACUUGGACUUCCCCGGGGAGAUGCUGCUCCGCAUGCUGCGCAUGAUCAUCCUGCCGCUCGUGGUCUGCAGCCUGGUAUCGGGCGCGGCCAGUCUGGACGCCAGCUCCCUAGGCCGCCUGGGGGGCAUCGCGGUCGCCUAUUUUCUGCUGACCACGUUGGGCGCCUCGGCGCUAGCGGUCGCCCUGGCUUUCAUCAUCCAGCCGGGAGCCGGCGCCGGGUCCCUACUGUCCAGCGACCUGGGUUUGGAAAACUCAGAAACACCCACAGUCACCAAGGAAACCGUAGAUUCGUUUCUUGACCUGGUCAGAAACCUAUUUCCAUCUAACCUCGUGGUUGCUGCUUUCCGCACGUAUGCGACCGACUAUAAGAGAGUCAUCCAUAACGUGACCUUCGGAAACAUCACUAUAGAAAAGGUCCCCUAUGGCACAGAGAUUGAAGGGAUGAAUAUUUUGGGCUUGGUCCUCUUUGCCCUGGUCUUGGGAGUGGCCUUGAAGAAGCUAGGCUCAGAAGGAGAAGAACUGAUCCGCUUCUUCAAUGCCUUCAAUGAGGCAACAAUGGUGCUAGUGUCUUGGAUUAUGUGGUAUGUUCCUGUAGGUAUCAUGUUCCUUGUUGGAAGUAAGAUUGUAGAAAUGAAAGACAUCGUCACCCUGGUGACCAGUCUGGGGAAGUACAUCUUGGCAUCAAUCCUGGGUCACAUCAUCCACGGAGGGAUUGUGCUGCCGCUCGUUUAUUUUGUUUUCACUCGGAAAAACCCAUACCGAUUCCUCCUUGGACUCCUCACACCAUUUGCAACAGCCUUCGCAACUUGCUCUAGCUCAGCAACCCUGCCAUCCAUGAUCAAGUGCAUUGAAGAAAAUAAUGGGGUAGAUAAGAGGAUCAGUAGGUUCAUCCUUCCCAUCGGGGCCACUGUGAACAUGGAUGGAGCGGCCAUUUUCCAGUGUGUGGCGACGGUGUUCAUUGCCCAGCUUAAUAACGUGGAUCUGAAUGCAGGACAGAUCUUCACUAUUCUGGUGACCGCCACAGCCUCCAGUGUGGGAGCUGCAGGAGUGCCAGCCGGAGGCGUUCUCACCAUCGCCAUCAUCCUGGAAGCCAUCGGGCUCCCCACCCAUGAUCUCUCCCUGAUCCUGGCAGUGGACUGGAUCGUGGACCGUACCACCACUGUGGUGAAUGUGGAAGGGGAUGCCCUGGGUGCUGGUAUCCUUCAUUACCUGAAUGAGAAGGCAACCAAGAAGGUGGACCAUGAACUCAGUGAGGUGAAAGUAGAGGCGGUCCCCAACUGCAAGUCUGAGGAUGAGACCUCCCCUCUGGUGACCCACCGAAACCCAGCCCCGACUUCAGCCAGUGUCCCCGAGUUAGAAUCCAAGGAGUCAGUCCUGUGAGCAAUGGAGAAGUCUCAUGCUGGGCCCACCAGAGGUGGUGUACCAGUGUGUUGGCCCUGCCACAUCUGGACCAAGCACCUCCUGGACCUUUGUGCCUCCUGAGGGAUGCUUUGGGAUCACAUCCUAGGCAAUUUGGGUUACUUAGUGUGUGCCCCGGGGCUUCCCAGGGGGACCCAUUUAUCUUGAACUGGAACAAACACUUCCAUGUUUCUCUCUA